UUGAUAUUUUACGCCUUGUUUCGACUUUACUUUCUCCUCGAGACUUCUACGGUGGUUGUGGUGUUGAGCAGACUUUAAGACUGAAUGCACAGCACACUGCCUCGUGAUUCGAGUCUCCCGAGACAGGAUGAGCAAAAGGGUGUUCGAACCGCUUUGCGUGCAGAUUAAAUCAGCCAGACUUGUGCAGCAAGAAGUAGAACCCCCAAAAAUGCAAAAAAUACCACCCGCACCCGGAUUUGCACCAGGAUCCUUGGCUAUCGCCUAUACUGUUAUAGGAGUCCAACGAGUUGACUAUUACUCUAUACGGGCUUUCGUUUGCUUUAACCGUUCGACCACGAAGUCUUUGGUAUUGCUUGUUGGGAUAGGUACUGUUGUGACGGGCUAUAUACUGUUGAAAAAAAGGGGCGGUUAUAGGCAGUGACGGGAUGCUGCAGUUUCACAGACGGGAGCGUGCAGGGCGCUGCGCGGUAAUUGGAUAGAAUUCGGGUGCGGAGGGCGGUGGUGAUCGAGUCAUCGGCGCUGUUACUGUUAUUUCUCGGCUGGUGAUUGAGUGAUUGAGUGGUCGCAUUGUAUGGUCGCAGUGUCGUUGUUUCGUGGUGUUGAGAAGGCUCAAAACUGGAUACGCAUCAACUCUUGAGAUUUGGAUAGAAAGCAACUGAUUUCGAGAUCUGUAUAAUCAAUUGAACAACCAAUAUCUUCUGGUUAAGUAAUUCGGUUUGAACCGUAUUGUCCGGGAUAAUUUGUACGAGCUUACAAUACCCAACUCAGGCAUGCAUGUGUGAC